AUGGCGGACGACUUGGAUGUUGACUGCGACGACUUUGAAAAAACCCUCAAGGUGUGCGUGGUCGGGAAUGGCAACGUCGGCAAGACGAGCCUCACAACUCGGUACGCGAAAGGACGGUUCACGGACAACUACAAGAAGACGAUCGGCGUCGACUUCAUGGAGCGCGUCUUGUCGAUCGAUGGCGACGACAUUCACUUGAUGAUCUGGGACACGGCCGGCCAGGAAGAGUUUGACACACUCACAAGCCGGUACUACCGCGGCGCCGGCGCGGUCGUGUAUGUGUUUUCGACAGUCGACCGAGAGUCGUUCGACGCGCUGCCGUCGUGGCAGCAAAAGGUUCUGGACGCGUGCGGGUCGUCGAUUUGCCAGGUGCUUGUGCAAAACAAGGUCGACUUGAUUGACGACGCCGUCAUAACCAAAGACGAAGUGAACGACAUGAAGGACGACAUGCGAGUAAAGCUCUACCGGACGUCCGUCCAAGAAAACAAAAACGUCGAGGAAGUGUUUGAGUACUUGUGCCGGCGGUAUCUCAAGAAAAAAGUCCCCGAGAAUGCGGCGGUCGCGGACAUUGGCGGCGCCGCAUCGCCCCCCACGCGGAAGUCCAAGCAAAAAGCGACAUCGAGUCGCCACACGUCCCAGCAUGACAAUGACGACGACAACUUUGUCCGCCGUCCAGUAGCGAAAGCUGUGGCAACACCCAAGUCGGAUCGAUUCAAGAACGACAACGACGACGGUCUGUCGUUCGAUGACAUCCGCGUCGCGCUGCCUGCCAACGAAGACGCAAUCCAGCGCAUGGACGAGGUCGACGAGAAAGACGACCAACCGACCGAGCAUACCGCGUCCCCACACCGCCCGAAGGACGAACAUGGCUAUAAUCGGGACCCGCGGUGGUCAGAUAUCCCUGCCGCCGCUUCCCCAGCCAUGGGAGGCCCCAUUGAACCAAGCAAACGCCGCACGAACGGGAAGAAGAAAACCGGGUGUACCGUUUCCUAA